AAAAAUAACUUAAUAAUUUUUUGAGUUAAAAAAUACAUUUUUUACUCAACAGAUAAGCCGUAGAAUACCUACAGAAAGUUUGGAUUACGCUUCGACACCGAUAAACACUUCCUGGAAGUUGUCGGUUUCCAGACAGAAAAAGAAAAAUGUCAAAAUGUGACACUUUGCUGGAGGAAGGACUCCAAACAGAACUGAUUUUCAAGGCUCACCUUAAGAUUUUGAGAAUGGCCCUUCAGCAGCAGCUGCAGGACACAAAGAGGAAACAGACAGAAGAGCUCGAUAAAAGGAUUAAUCAGAACACUCUCUUUUCAACAGACACAUCUCAAAAGUAUGAAGAAGAAAGAUUUGGAGCAAGGAGAUCCACUCCUGCAUCUUUUCUUAUUUCAGACAAAAAGACCUCCCUCUGUUGUAAACAGAGGCCUAAUCUGUUUUCUCUGUCACUGGUACCUUCAGCAAACUCAAAGCGCUGUUCUGUCAGCGCUCAGCAGUGUGAAAGGUGUGCUUCAUCUAAAACAACACAGCAGAUAAAAGAAGAGGAGGCUGAGGCUGAGUGCAAGAAAACGUUUAGCGCUGUCCCUGUCGCAGGCCAUGUUAUUCAGCCCAUCUACCAGGAGAUGAUGGAGCUCAGAGAGAAGGAAAGGAAACAGGGCCAUGAGCAGAGAAAAGAGUUCCUGCUCUCCAUUCAGAAACCUUUUAGCUUUGAGCAGAGAAACAAGAACAAAAGGGAGAAGGAGACAGCAAUAGUCUCAGAGGAUCCAAAAAACAGUGUUCCUAUUCGGAAAACGUCCCACAGAAACAUGAAGGAUUUAAGAGAAGAUAAAGGUCAGCAGGAAGUUUGCAGAAAUAUCCACACUCAAAUUAUUUUAAAACAACAGAAUCUAGCUCAGGCUGGCUGCCAGAAACUUCGCAGCGCUGAUCACACCAGGAGAAAAAAGCUGGGUUUCUUGGAUCAGGAGCCAAGCUUCAAACCAAGAAUCAUCCCUCAGGUCCCAGAUUUUAAAAAGCUGCACAAGGAUUUGCAAACAGAAGCACUGGAGAAAAAGCAGAGUCAAGAUGUGACAAAGUGUCAGCCCUUCUUCCUGAGGACAUCUGCUCUACCAGAAAGGAAAAGUUUGAAGAUCCCAGAAAGCUCACAGGUUUCUAAAAUUAAUAAUCCCAGAAACAGCAAGCCACUUGCAGCCCAAACACUGAUAUCUGCAGACACUCUUCCCACGUAUAUCACAGAUGCUGUGAGGCAGCGCUGUGCAGCCAUCAGAAAAUCAAUAGAGAUGAGGGAAAAUAAAAAUCAAGAGAGUGCAGAGUGGUUAAAAAACUACCAGAUGAGAUCCCAAGCAAUGAAGAAGACUGUAGUUCUUCAUGCAAAGUUGCUGGACCCCCACAGUAGCCUGAAAGACGUGUGUAACGAAAAUCGACUGCAUCAUCAGGAAGCUGAUCUGCAAAGAACGAGAGAUUACAUGAAAGAAUUACGAGACAUGAAGGCCCGGGUUCGUGAGAGACCUUAUUUGUUUGAACAGGUGAAACAGAAGAAUGCAAAGGCCCAUGCAGAGCAGACAUACAGGAGAAAGCUGCAGAAAACUGGGAUAAAAGAGCAGUUUGUUGAAGAAACUGGAGAAUCAUUCAGAUUCGAUUACGCUGCAUCUUAUACGAGUAGCCACGGCUCUGAAAAGAAAAUUCAAAGCAGGGAGGAAAAUGUAGACGAUGGGGAGAAAAUUGAAGAUGUGGAAGAGAAGAGCGUGAAGUCCAAAGGGGAAGAAAUGCCAUGAUCAAAAAGGUUCAGGAAGUGCUGAGAUUUUGUGGUCUCCACUAGAAAACAACACUGAUUAAAAAAAAUGAUUCAUGUCACAGCGAACACCAAGGACCUGAUUGUUUUGGAAGUUCACCUAUAAGUUAUGAAAAUACAAAUCAUGUGAAGUUUACACUUUAAAAUGUUAAGAGCUAAAUAAAAAUAAAAUGCUUUACAACUCUA